AUGGCGUCUUUACAGAUCCUGUCUGACCUCCACCUGGAAGCCCCCAAGGCGUACGAUUUAUUUGACAUCGCUCCCAAAGCGCCCUACCUGGCGCUUCUGGGCGAUAUCGGCAAUGUCAAAGACGAUGGUUUGUUUAUCUUUCUUGAAGCUCAGCUUCAAAAGUUUCAGAUCGUCUUUUUCCUCUUAGGAAACCACGAGCCUUACCAUUCCAGUUGGACGACUGCAAGGGAAAAAAUGCAAAACUUCUCUAACACUAUUUACCAGAAACGAACACAGGAAGGUCAGCACCUGGGGGAGUUUGUGUUUAUGGAUCAGGCACGCUACGAUAUCUCCCCUCACAUCACCGUUCUGGGCUGCACACUAUACUCCAGAGUCCCCAAAAGCCAAGAGACUCAUGUUAGCUUUGGCCUUAAUGAUUUUUAUCACAUUGAGGAUUGGACUGUUGAGGCCCAUUGCGCCGCCCAUGAGGCUGAUCGAACAUGGCUUAACGAUCAGGUUUCUCAUAUUGUGAAGUCGGAACCCCGUCGCAAGAUAGUGAUAUUAAGUCAUCAUAGUCCAACCCUUGCCGCAGCCGCUGUUGACCCCGUGCAUGCAAACAGCCUUAUCUCUUCAGGGUUCGCAACGGACAUCGCAGAAGAACCAUGUUGGAAGAAUACUCAGGUGUGUCUGUGGGCAUUUGGACAUACGCACUACAAUUGCGAUUUCGUAGAUGACAAGACUGAGAAACGACUUGUGGCGAAUCAGAGGGGGUACUACUUCGCUCAGUCGAAGGCGUUCGAUCCAGAGAAAUCCCCUGCGAUGGCGUCCAUCACCCGUGCGUUGCGGCCUUUGUGCCGGACUACUCCCUCCUUCCGCAUGGCCGCAAGACGGCCAUUGCCCUCUCAUUUAGCUCGGAGUACCCAUGCAUUCUCUACCACUUCCCGCCGGCGGGAUGUCGACUUGUCCAAUCUGACACCAACCCCAAUCACCCUUCUUUCCGAAACAGAGUCGAUGAUGGCCGACACAGUGUCAAAGUUCGCUCAGGAGCAGAUUGGACCUAAAGUCCGAGACAUGGAUGAGGCGGAAGCCAUGGACCCGGCCAUUGUCGAGCAACUGUUCGAGCAAGGGUUGAUGAGUAUUGAGGUCCCCGAGGAAUACGGUGGAGCGGGUAUGAACUUCACAUCCGCCAUCGUGGCGAUCGAGGAACUGGCAAGGAUUGACCCUAGCGUCAGUGUCAUGGUCGAUGUUCAUAACACACUCGUGAACACGGCUAUCAUGAAAUAUGGUGAUGCCCAGGCGAGGCGGACGUGGUUGCCCAAGCUGUCCACCGGCACUGUGGGUUCAUUCUGUCUGUCGGAGCCUGCGUCUGGAUCGGAUGCUUUCGCUCUGCAGACCAAGGCUGAGAAGCUUACCGAUGGAUAUAAGCUGAAUGGUUCGAAGAUGUGGAUCACCAACGCUAUGGAAUCUGGUGUAUUCAUCGUCUUCGCCAACCUUGACCCCAGCCAAGGGUACAAAGGUAUCACUGCCUUUAUUGUUGAGAAGGAUACACCAGGGUUCUCUAUUGCUAAGAAGGAGAAGAAGUUGGGCAUCCGCGCCAGCAGCACCUGCGUGCUCAACUUCGACGACGUGGUGAUCCCCAAGAGCAACCUCCUGGGUGAAGAAGGACAGGGCUACAAAUAUGCCAUCAGCGUUCUUAACGAGGGUCGCAUUGGUAUUGCUGCUCAGAUGACUGGGUUAGCACUGGGUGCCUGGGAGAACGCUGCCCGCUAUGUCUGGAACGACCGCCGUCAGUUUGGCCAGCUCAUUGGAACCUUCCAAGGUAUGCAGCAUCAGUUGGCUCAGGCCUACACUGAAAUUGCUGCAGCACGUGCUUUAGUUUAUAAUGCCGCACGCAAGAAGGAAGCAGGUCAAGAUUUCGUCCAGGACGCCGCAAUGGCCAAGCUCUAUGCAUCACAGGUUGCAGGCCGCGUAUCCGGCUCCGCAGUAGAAUGGAUGGGCGGAAUGGGCUUUGUGCGCGAGGGUAUCGCGGAGAAGAUGUUCCGUGAUAGCAAGAUCGGCGCUAUCUAUGAAGGAACCAGCAAUAUCCAGCUGCAGACCAUCGCGAAACUUCUGCAGAAGCAGUAUACUAACUAA